AUGGAAGGCCAGCAUCAGUCACCUCUUGAGCUUGUCAGUUCCAACCUUAGAGCCGUGUUAAAUGACGUGAUAAAUAAGUUAGAAAGUAGACACUACUCCAGCAACAUCGACUAUGUGAGAUACAAGAUCGACUGGAUUUGCACUCUGCUAGUCAGGCUUGGAGGCACUUUAGAAGAAUCAGUUCUUCCGUAUUUACUAGAAGCAGCAUGGAUGCUAGCUGUUAUUGAUCAAGAGAAUGACGAGAGUUCAAUAUGUUCGCCUACAGAAGUAAAAUCAGGUUUCAGAGGUAGGCCGAAAUUUGACAUUUCUUGUGAACAGCUUGAGUACUUCCUUGAAAAUGGUUUUAAGGCCACUGAUAUAGCGAAAAUGCUCUGCGUUAGUGUCAAAACAGUCUAUAGAAGGUUGGAGGAAAAUGGUCUAUCGAUGCGUGAUACAUAUGCCGUUUUAACCGAGCAAGAAUUGGACGAGAUCAUUAAAAAUGUAUUAGUGGAAUUUCCAAACUGUGGCUACAAAAGCAUGCGUGGUCACCUCUUAUCUGCUGGGUACAAAGUACAGGAAAACCGCAUACGGGAGUCCAUGAGAAGGGCUGAUCCAGAUGGUACUGUAGUGAGAGCACUUCAAAUACGUGUAACUCACCGGAGAUCUUAUAGUGUCAGAUCACCUCUGUCAUUGUGGCACAUGGAUGGUAAUCAUAAACUUAUCAGGUGAGUAUUUUAAGAAUGGAAGCCAAGGUGUACCCCUCUGUAAGAAGAGAAAAGGUGGGAUGGAAAAAACAAUUCUGAAGAACAUGUUGCUCCUUAAUAUUUAUGUACCAUAAUGAAUCUAAAGAGAAAUAAUGUAUAGUCCAAUUCAAGUUUUGAGAAUGGUUUUCAAAUAGAAACAACUUAUCAUUUCUUUCUCUUUAGAUUUCUUAAGUUACUUUUCAAAAUAUUAGGAGCAAGUUGUUUUGGAGUUGUUUUCAUCCUGUGUAGUCUUAUGAAUAUUCACCUAUCAAUGGUCAUCUCAGGGGUGAGGAAGGAGGAAAGGCAGUGACCAUUGUUAGAGACCAGCUAGGAUUUAGCAGCAACAUAUUGUCUGUUUUAUUAUUUCCAAUCAGUUAUGUGCCAAGUACGUUGAAUUUGUCACCUUACAUGCUGAGAAUUCCCCAUACUAGUUUAUUGCCAGGGAGCUGGGGGAUUUCAAGAUGUUGUGCAAAUUGCUAAAGGUCAAUGGUAUACCUAACCUCCCCUCUCUCCCUCACACACACACACAUAAUUUAGUAAUGGCCACUGAUGGGUAAACUUAAUGCAUGGUUAGAUUUCUGCUGCUUUUUUUACAAAAUAAGAAAUAUCAAUUUAUUUCCUUUCCUAUAAUAGCUUUGAUCACAGGUGAAUGUAUCAUUAAUGUCCACUAGGUGGAAAUUUGUUGUGCAUGGAUGUGUUGAUGGCUACUCAAGGAAAGUAAUGUACUUAUCAUGCAGUGGAAAUAACAAAGCAAAUACAGUGCUAACAGCAUUUUUGCAAGCCGUUUCUGACCAUGGGCUUCCUUCCAGAGUAAGAGGGGACCAUGGUGUUGAGAAUGUGGAAGUGGCAUGGUAUAUGUUGACUCACCCUACUAGAGGACCAGGUAGAGGCAGCUACAUUACAGGACCAAGUGUGCAUAAUCAGCGCAUUGAACGCUUAUGGCGAGAUGUAUUUGUUUCAUGUCUCUACAUUUACUAUUCUGUUUUUCAGUAUCUUGAAGAAUCUGGCUAUUUAGAUUUGUCAGAUAAUCUCCAGCUAUUCUGUUUACAUUAUGUGUUUAAGCCACGAAUUAAUGCACACCUUCAGAAUUUUUCGAGCUCAUGGAACAAUCAUCCUAUACGGACAGCUGGAAAUAGGACACCAAACCAACUGUGGAUAGGUGGACUCAUACAAGUAACAGGAAGCUCUGAUUAUGCUGCAGUUGAGUUGCAAGAACAGUUAACUCAGGUAAAGUAA